CGGCCGGGUCUACUCCUUACUCCGGCGAUAGAUAGAAAGGUGACUUACCAGUAAGACAGGAUAGGAGGUAUUGAGUACAAUAUACAGAAUAUAUACACUCAGUCACCUUUCUCUCCUCGUGACUGAAGCAUAUGUUUUGCGACCGUCAAUGGCGCUGUCUCGUGGAUCUAAACUGAGCAUCGCUUAGCUCUAAGUCAAACCAGUAGCAGCACCUUUUUACCAGUCAGACGAGACCGCAUUAUCUCGUCGACACGUCAACCUACAUUUGUAUAAACACAUAUCCAAUAUACAUAUCACGAUACCUUCGUCUAUACAAAUCAAUAUAUAUUAUAAAAUAAUAAAUUUAUCUCAUGAACAAUCGAAAUUUGUAUCGCGUGUUCAGUGUUGAGUGAAAAAUUUAUAAAAUAGAUUUUUAUUGUCAGAUUUUAUAUUUUAAUCAUAUUCACACUUGGAGAUCGCGCGCGAAAUACUGUCAGCAAUUGUUUCGAGUUUCACCUGUAAUUUCACGUGCUAUUUUUAUGACGCGCGAGUGCCGCGAAUCGUAGAUAAUUUUAAAUAAAAAGUAUUGAUUUAAAUUUUUUUUUUUUUAGUACGAAAAAGCAAUAAACUAGGUUGUGAAAAAUAGAGUUAUUUAAUUUUCAUGAUGAUACUGGUGAGCAGUCUACUGCUGAUAUUGGCGGUUGUCUCCAGAGUGGAAUGUCAGAGAAAUACUCCAAGAAGUCCUCGAGCAAGUAGAAUUGACGGAGCACUUGAAUUCGAGUGUCCUGAAGAAUUCGGUUACUAUCCCCACCCACGUGACUGCACUCAGUACUACGUAUGUGUAUUCGGCGGUGCACUUUUAGAGUCAUGUACCGGGGGACUUAUGUACAGCCAUGAAUUGCAGACCUGCGAUUGGCCGCGUAAUGUCGGCUGCCAGAGCGGUGCGUCGUCUAAUCAGGAUGUCGAAGAUGAAGAUCCUUUGUUGGAACGAGCCGCUAAGGCUGAAUCGCAGCAACGCCAACACCAGCAACGCCAGCCAAUCCAGCGUCAACAGGUACAAAUAACGUCACCAUCGCCGUCAUUAUCUCAAAUACCAGAGCGUCAAUCUCGUCAUCGUCCACAGCAGCAGCAGCAGCAGCAACAUCGAACGUACCCUGAUGAAGAGUACGAGCCAGCAUCGGAGAUUGAAAGUGAUCGUCAGCAGCGCGUGUACCGCGGCCAACCAUCGACGAUUGGUCAAGUCCAGCGGGACCGCGACGGCCUCAGGAGGAACAUUAUUUCCGUAAGUUCAACGCACCCGUCUCACCCUGCUUCCAUCACAACUCCACCAACACCACCACCACCACCACAGCUGUCGUCCAACGGGGACAAUGAUAGUGUGGGACACGAGACAACCGCGAGUCAAUUGACAGCCUCUUCCACUACAACUAAAGAUCGUGAUAUUACAACUCUUACAUCAAUGACAACAACGUCUUCAUCCUCACCAGCUGUAGCGAGCAACCCGACAGCAAAUCUACCGGCCAAGUCAAGUCUCGGUCAAACACGCGAUAGAAAAGAUUACGCGAUUCAUGAGGCAACGAGACGUAAUUACGUUAUCGUCAGUUCGCCUUCACCUUUCAAGCUGCCGCCUAGAGAAGACAAUAAUGAUGAUGAUGAUCUAACAGUCGUAACAACACCUGAAUCCAUUAGAACGUCAGAUGAUCAGAGUGAUCAAGCUUUCCAAGUAAACUUUAUUCCCGAUCCAAGUGUCAGUUCGCCAGCGGAGUUCAGUAAAUUGUCAGAAAUUGAACAGCGGAUAGACUCGACGGUGACUCAAUCAAUCGGAGUAACUGAUGAUCUAGAGCAAAAUGAAAUUUCAGUGAGCCCGCCAGCGACUCGAAAACGCCCGAUCUAUGACUUUUACGAUGAACCUAUUGGCAAAGGCGAUUAUCUUACUGGCUCCUCGCCUCUGAGACCCAGAAUUAAAUCACGAUUUACAAACCGAGGAAAGGAGAGGUACCAUGGCUCAAAUUACGUUACCAUGAAGGUUGUCCGCAAACGUCCGGUCAUUGACCGCGACCAAGAUAGCAAGGACUCAUUUAAAAGUGACGUGACAGUUCCACUUAGUCGUUCUACCACUCCCCAAAUGCCUUCAUCAUCAUCAUCAUCACCAUCGCCAUCACCAUCAUCAACGCCAUCACCAUUACCAUUAACGUCAGCAGCACUGGCAGCGGAUCACCGUAAAAAAAUGCUCGCUCCUCAAAAGGUCCCAGUGCCAACUGUUAAAUCUGACCGGUUCGACGAUACGCCUACGACUCUAAGUCCACUAAAACGAGCCUUCAUUAUGAGCAAACUUCAGCAGCAACGGGAUCAGGAAGACGUCGAAGGCAAUGAAAUAUACCCGACGUCAAGCCUACACCAGCAGUAUAAGUCUUUUGAGUCCAUGAAACAUGACAUCAGCUCGCCCCAGACCUUGAAGAGCACCAGUAACAUGUCAACCUCCACAACUUCCACUACCACAACAUCAACAUCAACAUCCACCAGGAUUGCUGCCGCUAAACUGGAACUAUCAACAACACCGACACCAUUCCGACGUCACGCUACCGCGGGAGCCCGCGAUGAGAUCGAGAGGAAUGAAAUAUCAGCGACAUCCGCGAGCGUCCCACCAGCAGUACACUCGCCGGCGGUAAAUCAACUGAGAACCCGUCAUGACAAAAAAGAUCUGAGCCUCUCCGCAGACGGUAGCAGCUCUACAACCGCUGCUAGCACUACUACUACUGCUACUGCUACUGUUUUACACCAGCAUCCGUACUCAGGACAACGUAGGACCAGCACGACACUCGAACGGGAGAAGGAGAGUUUUAAUACUGCGCGCUCACAAACUGACAGUCCUUACAGAACUAUUCCUUCGGAGAAUCCACGUGUAAAGACCACAGCAUCAACACCUGCCGCGCCAGCCCCUACUAUUUCAAAAGCCUACUACGAUCACGAUAGUUAUCCUUACUAUCUCUACGACGAUGAUGUAUCUAUAUAUAAAGACGACGAUUAUCCCCAGUACGCGAUUAACCAGUCGGUGGGUAUCCAGUCUCAUCCUCCUCAACAACAGACCGUCCGCAUCGCCGAGGUCACGCCAAACUCUAAAACAUACACGCAAAAGUCUAAGAAAGUUCCCGCCAAUGAUGUUAAUAAGUACAACUUUAAUUCCGAAGUCACCGCCGCGGAUUACGACAUCUAUGACAACCAGGGUCACAAGAACAAGUUCCACUUAAACGACGGCCAGUCUUACAGGCCAAAUAGCAUCAGUCCUCAAUUGGUUCACGUGACGACACCAAAUGCCAUCGUCGAUGCCUAUGUACCAUUAACGACAACAACCAAGGCGCCACCGACAACAACAGCCCGUCCUUACACUCCAGUAACAGUACCAAGCCGAAGCAGACCACACGUCAACCGAGGAACUGCACCACCACGACUACGCCCAACUCUUAAACCAUCUACGGAGAUAGUCUCAAAGGCCCAGGAGUACGUUGACAUCUACAGGUAUCCAGCAUUGAGACCGGCACCUAUUUAUCCAACGCCUCAGGUGGACAAACCAGCAGCCAAAUGCCGCAAAGAUGUUUGCUUGCUUCCGGAUUGUAACUGCGGUGGACCCGACAUUCCAGGUGGACUCGCUGUAGAACAGACGCCCCAAAUAGUCCUCGUCACUUUCGACGACGCAGUGAACGAUCUUAACAAACAGCUGUACGAGGAUUUGUUCGAGCGAGGACGUAAAAAUCCAAAUGGAUGUCCGAUAUCAGCGACUUUCUAUGUGUCCCAUGAGUGGACGGAUUAUAGCCAAGUCCAAAACCUUUAUGCUGAUGGACACGAGCUCGCUUCUCACACAGUCUCACACAGCUUCGGCGAGCAAUUCUCAGCUAGGAAGUGGGCCAGGGAAGUUGCCGGUCAACGAGAAAUUCUCGCUGCUUAUGGUGGAGUCAAAUUAGAAGAUGUCAAAGGAAUGCGUGCUCCGUUCCUUUCGGUCGGAGGCAACAAUAUGUUCAGAAUGCUCUGGGAAACGAACUUUACCUACGACUCAUCGAUGCCGAUUUACGAAAACAGACCACCCAGCUGGCCGUACACUCUCGACUAUAAAUUAUUCCAUGACUGUAUGAUACCCCCCUGCCCAACGAGGUCUUACCCAGGUCUUUGGGAAGUCCCGAUGGUCAUGUGGCAAGACCUCAAUGGCGGGCGAUGUUCUAUGGGUGAUGCCUGCAGCAAUCCUCCAACUGCUGACGGCGUUUACAAAAUGCUUAUCAAGAACUUUGAACGUCACUACACGACCAACAGAGCGCCAUUUGGUCUAUUCUAUCACGCCGCGUGGUUCACGCAACCGCAUCACAAAGAAGGAUUCAUUUCCUUCUUGGACACAAUCGUUGCCAUGGAUGACGUCUGGGUAAUAACCAACACCCAAGCUAUUGAAUGGGUCAGAAAUCCAACCCCUCUUGCUCUGUUAGAUACUUUCGAGCCAUUUGGAUGCAACUACCAGGGCCGCCCGAAAAAGUGUAAUAAUCCAAAAGUGUGUAACCUCUGGCACAAGAGUGGCGUGAGGUACAUGAAAACGUGCCAACCCUGUCCGGACAUCUACCCCUGGACGGGCAAGACCGGGAUCCGCAGUAGUCGCAUUGACAACGAAAUCGAAAAUUAAAAUAACCAAUAGAUAAUAAUUAAUAAUUAAUGAAAAAAAGAAAAAAAUUUUUAUUUAUAUACAAACAACAAAAAACAAAAAAAAAAAAUGUAUAAAUACACACGUGACAUUAUAAGUUUUAAGUAUUGAUAAAACCCACCAGCAAUUUUAUAUAUUAUUUAUAUCAAGCAAACGAUUACUUUUGAAUUGUUUAUCACCGAUUUGAGUACACAAUAUUCUUAUCACCAUAAAUUUGUCCACGUGUGUAUUCACGCGGUAUUACGGACAUCUGCGGACAAUUUAUCAAGGCGCUGUGUCAAAUAAUAGCCGAGUUCGUCAAUGUGCUUUUAAAUAUAUAUAUUUAUAUAUAUAUAUAUAUAUAUAUAUAUAUAUAUAUAUAUUUUGUAAUAUAUAGUAAUGAUUUCCUCCAUUGAGUCUAAAAUUGGUUUAUCUCCAUUUAAUUCUGAGUUGAAAUGAAUAUAUGAAUAUAAAUAAAGAGUAAUACAAAUAAUAUUAUACAAUUGCCAUAAAUAUAUUCAACAAAAUAUAUAUAUAUAUAUAUAUAUAUAUAUGUAUAUUGGUAAGAACUUUCGAAACUAUAUAAUCCGACGCUUAUUAAUAUAUUCAUUAAUCUAUGACUGGUAUUAGAGUUACUAAUGCAAGUCAUCGGUAAAAAAUUUCAAAAAAUCGCAGUAUUUUUUGUUUGUUUAAUCCGUCGAUUUUAUCGGGAUGAUUAAAUCAAAAGUGUUUUAGUAACACAUGUGUUUAUAUAUUUGUAUAUAGAGAUAUUGGCUUAAGACCUGUAUCAGCUGGAUAGAGCAAAGCCUUCUUGACGCACUCGGCAAAUUAAGUAGUAGGUAAAUUACUAAAUAAAAAAAUUAAAAAUCAAUUAAAUUGCGAACGUACACUUAAAUAAUCGGGUGUCGUAGCGUGAAAGUUAUAAAAUGAAAGUACUUAUGCUUCAUGUCUGUACUUUAGCAGAUAAAUAUGAUCGAGAGUAGCUGAGUUAUGAUACAUAAAUAUGUAGCGUUCGAUAGCAGCCACCAAUGGGGUGUCAAUUUGUGCCGAUGUAACAUGAGAUUUUAAAAUACUUAUCGCUCGCAAUGUUAAAUUACGGGCUAUGAGACGCAGAUAAGACGAGGGUGGAUUUUUCGAGUGACCGCUGGUCGCUGAAAAAUAGUUAAUGUGUCUCGUUAAGACAUUAUUGCAAUAAUUAAGUUAAGUACUUAUAAUUUGUUCAUGUCUUUAAUAAA